CAGACACACUGGCUGGAUGUUUGUACACUGGUGCUACUAACAGCCAAGCCUGCUUACCACACACAUGCAGAAUUUACCUUCUAGCCACAGAAAGUCAAACAAGCUCUAUGCUCCAAGGGGUGGGUGUAUGCAGAGCUGUCUCCUCAUAUGUUCACUGUCUCCAACUCCCACUCCCUCUCUCUCUCUUUCUCGUGUCAGUCAUAGGACGCAUCAGUGAUAGUGUGUCUGAUGACUCUCGAUUCCUAGCAUUCUAAGCUUUCAAGAAGUGUGGUGGACAGAAGCCGUGGAGACAACAUAUCCUAGGACCAUUGUGUGUCAUGGAUCCGACGAAAAACACCCCGACAACACAGCGGAAAUUGUUUGGUAUCAAGGUGAAGAAGAAGAAGAAAGCAAACAAGGGUCUAGUCUUGGCAAACAAGGGUGCCCUGGAGGUGUCUGAGGUAGAGCCUGGCCCGGAAGACCCUUCACUGGGGGAGACCCCGGAGAGCAGUCCUCUGGCUGGACCCUCUGGCCUGUUCCCAUUCAGAGAGAUACCCCGAACCAAGAGGUCCAGACAUCUGGGCAAGAUUUUGAAAGGCGAGAGCAGAUCUAAAACGUUUCAGAUCUCAAUCAACAUCACAGAGGCAAAGCAACUAGUGGGGGAGAACGUUGACCCCAGUGUAGUGAUGGAAGUAGGAGAUGAGAGGAAACAGACAACAGUGAAAGAGGGGACAAAUGCUCCCUUUUAUAAUGAGUACUUCGUAUUUGACUUUUUCGGCCCACAAAACACCUUCUUUGACAAAGUCAUCAAACUGUCGGUGAUGCACUCCAAAAUAAUGAGAAGCUUUUGUAUUGGCUCCUUCAAGCUCGACGUUGGAACAGUCUACAGCCAACCAGGCCACCAGUUUAUCAACAAAUGGGCGGUGCUGAUGGACCCCAGCAACAUCCAAGCCGGGGUCAAAGGUUACCUGAAGUGUGACAUCAGCGUCACGGGGAAGGGCGACUCCACACAGCCCUCACAGAAGUUCAGUGAUGCUGAGGAGGUCAUUGAAAAGAACCUCUUGCUGCCCCUGAACUUCCCCUCGGAGCGCCCCUGGGCCUGGUUCUAUGUGAAGGUGUUCCGGGCUGAGGGCCUCCCCCGCAAUAACUCCAGCAUCAUGGCCAAUGUCACCAAAGCCUUCAUCGGAGACAACACUGCCCUCAUAGACCCUUACGUGGUGGUGUCCUUCUUUGGCCAAGUGGGCCGGACGUCCACCCAGAAGAGCACGGCAGAGCCGGUGUGGAACGAGCAGAUCGUCUUCAAGGAGAUGUUCCCCCCGCUGUGUCAGAGGCUCAAGAUCCAGGUGAUAGAUGAGGGCAGCAUGAACGACGUCGCCAUAGGGACGCACUACAUCGACCUGCGCCGCAUCUCCAACGACCAGGAUGGGGAUAAAGGUUUCCUGCCCACAUUCGGGCCGGCCUGGAUCAACAUCUACGGCGCGGCCGACAACAGCGAGCUGAACGAGGGUGUGGGGGAGGGGGCUUCGUUCCGAGGGCGAGUCCUCAUUGAGCUCGCCGUGGAGAUCCUGUCUGGAAAUGUGGAAAUGAAGAUUACCCGCCCGACCAAGUCCACACUCAAGGAGCCGAAGGGAGGGAAGGCGGCAGGGAAGGAGCAGGCGGGAGGCGCAGGAGGAGAAGAGGAGAAGGGCAAGGCUGCAGGACCGGAGGUCAUCCCAGUGGAGAACCCGCCUACGGUUGGUGUAGAGGACCACGAAAGCUUCAUGCUGUUUGGAGUUGUGUUUGAGGCCUCAUUGAUUGACCGGAAAAUUGGUGAUCGACCCAUCAACUUUGAAUUCACCAUUGGGAAUUAUGGGAAUCUGAUCGAUGGUGCCCAAGGGACCAGUAAGAAGAGAGGAGGGGCAGAGCCACAUGAUCUUGACUCCUCCCAGACCACCCCCCUUCUGGAGAGUGAUGAGCCUUUGCUCUGCAAGCCCACCACGCCUCCAGAGAAGCCCAUCAAUGUCGAAGGAAACAGGUACUACAACUACCUGCCAAUCAACCAGAAGAAGCCUUGCAUCCACGUGAUGAGCAGCUGGGAGGACCGCACCUACCGCCUGUACUACUCCAACGUCCUGGACAGCAUCGCCAUAGCAUUCGAGGAGGGCGUGGCCAAGGCAGGAUCACUGAACAAGCAGCUCGACGCAGGGGCGGAGCCUCUUCUUCUCAGGGUCUUUCAGGCGUUCUGCAGGGACGCCAGGAACUUUAUCGCCUUUGCUUUGAGGAGGGUGAAGGGGAACCGGCUGACCCUGCUGGACAAAAAGCGUCUGAUUCUGUGCAAACAGGAACUGGAGAGCAUUAUUGAGGUGAUCGGCUCGAUAACAGUGCCCAAGAGGAAGCCUCUGAGUGUGAAGGAGCUGCUGCUGGAAGCCCAAAAACUCACACAGAAACUACGCUUCCUUGUGGAGGAGCCUCAGCACACCCUUCCAGAUGUGUUUGUGUGGUUGCUUAGCAACAACAAGCGUGUGGCGUAUGCCCGGAUACCAGCCCGGCGCCUUCUCUAUUCGGAGAACCCGGAGGAGAUGGGUCGGGACUGUGGCAAGAUCAAAACCCUCUUCCUCAAGCCCCCAGGUAGGAGGGUGAGUGGCUGGACGGUGCAGGCCAAACUGGACGUCUACCUGUGGCUGGGCACCUGCCAAGACUCCACCCACAAGAUGGACAAUCUCCCAUCAGGCUUUGCGGCGCUGCAACCUGGGGCCAGGCCGGCCUUCCUGCUGUACAGAGAUCGGCACCGCUUCCAGCUGCGGGCCCACAUGUACCAGGCCCGUGGACUCAUCGGUGCUGAUGCCUCCGGCCUCUCCGACCCAUUCGCCAGGGUCUCCUUCCUCAACAACAGCCAGACCACAGCAAUCAUCAACCAGACCCUGACGCCCACCUGGAACCAGAUGUUGCUGGUGAACGGGGUCACUCUGCAUGGAGACAUCACUGAACUGGCCAAAGAGCCCCCCUCCCUCGUCAUCGAGGUCUACGACGAUGAUGCUCUGGGUAAAGCGGAGUACCUGGGCUCCUCAGUGGCAGUCCCAGUGGUGUGUCUGUCCACCCAGACCUAUCAGCCCCCCCUGCUCCAGUACAGCCCCCUCUUCUGUGGCAGCCUAUCAGGAGGAGACCUGCUUGGAGCCUUCGAACUCAUACAAAUCCCAGAGUCUGGAGAGGACAGUCUGCCAGAUGUGGAUGAGCCUGACGGGCUGGUCUACCCCGUGCCUGCCUACAUCCGCCCAGUGCUAAGCAGAUACAGACUAGAGGUGCUAUUCUGGGGCCUGCGGGAGCUGAAGAGGGUGCAGCUGCUCUCUGUAGACCGUCCACAGGUGUUUAUCGAGUGCGCUGGGAAAGGGGUGAACUCCUCCGUCAUCCAGAGCUACAAGACCAACCCCAAUUUCAGUGUGCUCGUGGAUGCCUUUGAUGUGGAGCUGCCUGAGGACGAACACCUCCACCCUCCCCUCAGCAUCACGGUAGUGGACUGGAGGGCCUUUGGGCGAAGCACGCUGGUGGGGAGUCACGUCAUCAACCACCUCGGCCUCUUCAAGUACACCCCCCCACCUGCCCCCGUCACCGCCCCCACUGGCCCCCCACUGAGGCAGCAGGACCCUCACAGCAUACAGGUGCUCCCUAUGCCUGUGCAAGACUGGCAUCAGCCGGAGGGACCUGAGGAGAUCUACAUCAACAUAGAGUACGACGCAGCACCCAUCCUGCCCACACCCAAAGCUGAACCUCCACCCGGGGACAAGAGGGAAAGCAGGAGGCGCACGCACAGGUCCACCAAGAGGAAGAAGCGCACCAUUAAAGACGAGUCCGCAGAGUGUGUGAUCGACUGGUGGUCCAAAUACUACACCUCUGUGGGGAAAAUCAGACAGGUGAGGGAGGAGUGUGUGUGGAGUGAUGGCUAUGUGCUGAUCAAAUGGAUUGAUAAAGUGAUUAGAGUGGGUAUGCCAGUAGAUCCACUCAGAUCCUGCUCUUGUCAAUCCUGUUGUAUUGCAGUUGCUCCGCUUCAGGGCUUGAUCUCGGACGGAGUAGGUUCUCUGGUGUCUGGAAUAAAAGACCAGAUGACGCAGUCACAGAAAACCCAGCUGGUUAAGGGGGUGAUGGAGCAACCUAAACUAGCCACCCUACAGAUCUAUGAUAAAGAGCUGGAGGAGGAGUUUGGGCACUUUGAUGACUGGGUGAAGACGUUUGAGCUCUACCGUGGCAAAGCCAACGAGGAGGAGGGCACCAGCGACGACCGGCUGGUGGGCAAGUUCAAGGGUCGCUUCUGUCUGUAUAAACUCCCAGACGAUGAGGACGAGGGGUGUGAGGGCCCCUUCAGGAUCAAUCAGGGGACCCCACCCAACACCGAGACCAAAGUCCUCAUCCGGGUCUACAUAGUCUGUGCCAGUAACCUGCACCCAGCAGAUCCAGACGGGAAGUCAGACCCCUACAUCGUCCUGAGACUGGGCAAGAUGGAGAUCAAAGACCGGGACAACUACAUCCCCAAACAGCUCAACCCAGUGUUUGGCAGGUCCUUUGAGUUCCAGGCCUCGUUCCCCAAAGAGUCCCUGCUGAAGAUCCUCAUCUAUGACUACGACAUGAUUGGAGGGGAUGACCUGAUCGGGGAGACGCAGAUCGACCUGGAGAACCGCUUCUACAGUCGCCACAGAGCCACCUGUGGCCUGCCCAGCGAGUACUCACUUGAGGGCUAUAACGCAUGGAGGGACUGCAUCCAGCCCACAGACCUACUCAUCAAGUUCUGUAAGGAGAACCGAAUCAGCGGGCCGCGCUUCCAGCCUGGGAGGAUCACAGUCGGAGACAAGGUCUUCACCGGGAAAACCCUGUUUGUUGAUGAAGAGCGGACAGUGGAGUCCUAUGAACACCUGGCACUGAGGGUGCUGCACAGGUGGGCGGAGAUGCCAGGUGUGGGCUGCCGGCUGGUGCCGGAGCACAUCGAGACGCGCACGCUCUACCACAGAGACAGACCCGGCAUGGAACAGGGUCAGCUGCAGAUGUGGGUAGAUGUAUUCCCCAUGGACAUGCCCCAUCGGCCCCCUGUGGACAUCUCCCCCCGCAAGCCCAAAGGGUAUGAGCUGAGAAUCAUCAUAUGGAACACUGAGGAUGUGGUCCUGGAGGACAGCAACAUCUUGACUGGACAGCUGUCCAGUGACAUCUACGUCAAAGGCUGGCUGAAGGGCCUGGAGGGUGACUGCCAGGAGACAGACGUGCACUACAACUCGCUGACAGGUGAGGGAAACUUCAACUGGCGCCUCGUGUUCCCCUUCAGCUACAUGCCGGCAGAGAAGCUGCUGGUGGUCAGCAAGCGCGAGAGCAUCUUCGCCCUGGACAAGACCGAGCAGAAGCUGCCCGCUGUGCUCCUGCUGCAGGUCUGGGACUUCGACCGGCUGUCCGCAGACGACUUCCUGGGCUCUCUAGAACUGGACCUGCAUCGGAUUCCCCGCGGGCUGAAGACGGCGAAGGCCUGUAAGCUGGAGAUGCUGAGUGAGAGCCUGGAGAUCGUCUCCAUCUUCCAGCAGAAGCGCUCUCGAGGCUGGUGGCCCUUCUCCAAGUCUGGGGAGCUCACGGGAAAAGUGGAGGCGGAGUUCCACCUGGUGACUGCAGAGGAGGCAGAGAAGAACCCAGUGGGUCGAGCCCGGAAAGAACCGGAACCACUGGAGAAGCCAAAUCGCCCCGACACCUCCUUCUCCUGGUUUGUGAACCCGUUCAAGUGUUUCUUCCACCUGAUCUGGAAGAACUAUAAGAAGUACAUUAUCGUUGCCCUGAUCCUGCUCAUCUUGGCCGUCUUCAUCGCCCUGCUCUUCUACACACUUCCUGGUGCCAUCUCCCAGAAGAUUAUCAAUGGCUGAUUGGCUGGCGGCAGGAGGGCGAGAAUGAUGAUGUCACAAAGGCAAAAAAAAACAAAAACAUUGAGCCAAAUUGAGAAAAAGGCCCUGGGUCUUGUCUUUAGAAAGCCUUAACUGUCUAGUCAACUGACACUAGCAGUUUUAAGACAGGAUUUUGUCCAUUCUAGAGAAGAAAAACAAGUUUACAACCAGCUGGUGACAUCUUUAAAGGUUCAGUCCGUAAUUCUAAUCUCUUUUUGUCAAAUUCAACAAAUUGCCCUCACGGUCCUCUAGUCUGUUCUAUGUGUGCCCUCAGAUCCAAGCCACACACUGCUCUAGCCACAACAAGGUGCUUCAGGUGCACAGAAGGGAGGGGUGUCAUUUGAUUGGCUGUUGAGCUCAAAUAUCAACAACCUUUUGCCAUCGCUCCUGGUCCCAGGUAUAGUUUACACAGACAAAUCCCUCUGAGCUCAGGAGAUGGAGGCAUUCUUGGUUGAGAAUGUGAUGUCCCUUCCUGUGGGUGCUCAGUCAGCUUUCACACAUUGUUUUUUUCCCUCCUUGUCAACUUACCGUGUCUGUUAUCAUGUGAAUCCGCAGCUCCUUUCUGGCUGGCACCAAAUUAAA